AUGAACUCUGCCGUCAAUUCAAGUCAAAAGCAGCAAGAGUCUUCUGCUUCACCUACAGCAGUAGGAAUAGCAUCCCCACUCGCGACGACUGCGAUACCUGUAGAACAAGUGCAAUCUCCUAAUGCGCCGUAUAGUGCAGCUCAGCCGACGCCCAAUGCAGCGAUGAAAAUGCAGCCGACACUGCCACCUAUUGCAAUGGCGCAGCCGUUGGGCGUCAUUCAUCAGACCCAGCCACAUUUGCAUGGAGGCAGCAAAAUCUCAGUGAAUCCAAACGCCAUGCAAGUCAUUUACCGCAGCGGAGUCAACAGCGCAGAUCCGAACCAUCCGUACGUAACGGUGAUGGCCAUGGCUCCUCCUGGAGCAUCAGGAGACGCACAAGCUGACAAUGUGCGCUUUGCAUAUCUACAGAGAUGCCGAUGGAUGGCAGGCUGCUUGAUGGCGUAUUACGCUGCAACUUUCUUUUUCCUGCAGCCGUUUUUGCUAGGAAUAAUGGGUCUGGCUACGGCUUUAAUGGGUUUUAACAGUUCACGUUCACCUAUGGACAUGUAUCGACUGAAGUGGCUUCGCUGGUACAUUCGUGCCAAUUACGUCAUGCUGUGCCUUAAUAUGUGGACGCUGGUCGUGACGCUUGUGUUUAUGGGAGGCGUGAGUAGCUACGAGGACGACGCAGAGAGCGGUGAUAUCGCCAACAGCAACUACAAUUCGAACAAUAUCAGCCUCUUCCUCAUGAUGCUUGUGGCAUUUAAUACAAUUAUGCACCUGCGUUGUCUGCGGAUGGCUCAGCUUUUGGCUGCAGAGCUUGUGGCCGCUGGAGUGGCGCAUGAGCCAGUUGCUGGUGUAGUUGCGGCGAACAAUCCCGUCUCAGCAGUGUAA